AUGCGGGUUGUUGCUGAAGUCAAAGGGGAGAAUACGAAGGAGGUUUCCAAGGUCCAGGUCCUUCUUGCUUUGCUGGUGAUCGUGUCACUUGGAUUAGGCCUGGGGCUUGGACUCAGGAAACCAGAAGGGCAAGGAAGCUGCAGGAAAAAGUGCUUUGAUUCAUCAUUCAGAGGACUGGAGGGCUGCCGAUGUGAUACGGGUUGUGAGGCUCGUGGUGAUUGCUGCUGGGAUUUUACAGACACCUGUGUGGCAGCAACUCAACUAUGGACAUGCAAUAAAUUUCGCUGUGGAGAGACCAGACUGUCGUCCACCCUCUGCUCAUGUGCAGAUGACUGCUUGCAGAGGAAAGACUGCUGUACCGAUUACAGCAGCGUCUGCCAAGGAGAAACCCGAUGGGCAGAAGAAGAGUGUGUCUCGGCCGACCAGUCUCAGUGUCCAGCAGGGUUUGAUCUGCCUCCAGUUAUCCUGUUUUCCCUGGAUGGCUUCAGAGCUGAGUACUUAGAAACUUGGAGCACUUUAAUGCCUAAUAUCAACAAACUGAAAACAUGUGGAGUUCAUUCAAAAUACAUGAGGCCUAUGUAUCCUACCAAGACUUUUCCAAAUCAUUACACCAUUGUUACGGGCUUAUAUCCUGAAUCACAUGGCAUCAUUGAUAAUAAUAUGUAUGAUGUAAAUCUCAACAAGAAUUUUUCACUUUCUUCAGCGGAGAAAAAUCAGCCUACUUGGUGGCAUGGACAACCAGUGUGGCUGACAGCAAUGUAUCAAGGGUUAAAAGCUGGCACCUUUUUUUGGCCAGGAUCUGAUGUGCCUGUAAAUGGCUCCUAUCCUUCUUUGUACUUCCUUUACAACGGAAGUGUUCCAUAUGAGGAGAGGAUCACUACAUUGUUGCAAUGGCUGGAUUUGCCCAAAGAUAAAAGACCUGAUUUUUAUACCAUCUAUGUGGAACAGCCUGAUACUGCUGGACAUAAUGGUGGGCCCGUCAGUGCCACAGUAAUACAAGCCUUACAAUCAGUAGAUAAUACUUUUGGAAUGUUGAUGGAAGGCUUAAAACAGCGGAACUUACAUAAUUGUGUGAAUAUAAUCCUUUUGGCUGAUCAUGGAAUGGAACAGACUUCUUGUGACAAGAUGGAAUAUAUGACUGAUUACUUUAACCAAAUAACUUUCUACAUGUAUGAAGGACCUGCCCCCCGCAUCAGGAGUCGUAAUAUACCUUCUGACUUUUUUACAUUUAACUCUGAAGAAAUUGUUAGGAACCUCAGUUGUCGAAAACCCGAUCAGCAUUUCAAGCCCUACUUGACUCCUGAUUUGCCCAAACGACUACACUAUGCCAACCAUAUCAGAAUUGACAAGGUUCAUCUCAUGGUGGAUCAGCAGUGGCUGGCUGUGAGGAACAGAGCAAGUACAUACUGUGGUGGAGGCAACCAUGGUUAUGACAAUGAAUUUAAGAGCAUGGAGGCUAUAUUUUUGGCACAUGGACCCAGUUUUAAAGAGAAGACUGAAGUUGAACCAUUUGAAAAUAUUGAAGUCUAUAACCUAAUGUGUGACCUUUUACAUAUUCAGCCAGCACCGAACAAUGGUACCCAUGGUAGCUUGAACCAUCUUCUGAAGACGCCUUUUUAUGAACCCACGCAUGCAGAGGAAGCCUCAGAGUUGUCCGUUUGUAGCUUUACAACUCCACUGCCCACGGAUAAUCUAGACUGCUCAUGCCCCACUCUACAAAAUAAUGCUCAAACAGAAUACGUGAAUCAAAGACUAAAUCUCAACCAAACAGAGAUAACAGCUACAGUGAGGGUGAAUAUGCCCUUUGGGAGGCCUAGAGUUACACAGAAGAAUACAGAACACUGUCUCCUUUACCACAAGGAAUAUGUCAGUGGAUUUGGACGAGCCAUGAGUAUGCCCAUGUGGACUUCAUACACAAUCCCUAAGCCGGGAGACACAUCGCCUCUUCCUCCCACUGUCUCAGACUGUCUGCGGGCUGAUGUCAGGGUUGCUGCUUCGGAGAGCCAAAAAUGUUCCUUCUAUUCAGCAGACAUGAAUAUCACCCACGGCUUCCUCUAUCCGCCUGCCAACAACCAAACCUCUGAGAGUCAAUAUGAUGCUUUAAUUACAAGUAAUUUGGUCCCUAUGUAUGAAGAAUUCAAAAAAAUGUGGGACUACUUCCACAAUGUUCUUCUUGUAAAAUAUGCUGUGGAAAGAAAUGGAAUAAAUGUUAUCAGUGGUCCAGUGUUUGAUUACAAUUAUGACGGUCAUUUUGAUACUCCUGAAGAAAUUACAGCCCACGUAGCCAACACCAAUGUUCCCAUCCCAACACACUACUUCGUGGUGCUGUCGAGUUGUGCAAACACAGUUGAAACACCUAAUGACUGCACUGGGUGGCUGGACGUCCUCCCUUUCAUCAUCCCUCACCGACCCACCAAUGUGGAGAGCUGUCCUGGAAACCAAACAGAAGAUCUGUGGGUUGAAGAAAGAUUCAAAGCACACGUGGCACGGGUCCGUGAUGUUGAACUUCUUACUGGACUGGACUUUUAUCAGGAAAAACAACAGCCUGUCUCUGAAAUUUUGCAACUGAAGACAUAUUUACCCACAUUUGAAACUGAUAUUUAAAUCAGCAUGGAAAAUAAUAUUUGCAAAAUCUAG